AUGUUUAACAGAGGCGCCUCUGCAGAAAAAGACCUCGAGUGGAUCCUGUUUCCAGAAAGGCAUUCUCCCGAAAAGGUCGACUGCCACCACACGGGAAAAGUAUUCCUGCCACAGAUGUGUUUAAUCGACUUGGACAUAAAAAAGGUCGAGACUCCUUACAUAUUUAGAAUAUCUGCGCACAAGGACACGGUAUACACGCACGUGGGCGUGCACGAGUUUAUAGAGCCGUCUGACAGAGUGCAAAUGCCCAACUGGCUCUACGACCAGCUGGCGCUUGACGGGUCUUCAGUGCGGGUGAGAAGCGUGUCUCUGCCAAAGGGGAACUUUAUAAAGCUGCUUCCGCAGAGCCGAGACUUCCUGGACAUUGAAAACCCGAAGGCAGCGCUUGAAAACUCUCUAAGGAACUACCAGGUCCUCAGCCAAGGCGACACAAUUUCUCUGUACAUGGAAAGCGAGUUCAAAAACAUUUUAUUCACGGUGGCUGAAAUAAAUCCUAAAGGAGAGGGCAUAAGCAUUGUAGAUGUUGACCUGGAGGUGGACUUUCUUCCCCCUGUAGACUACACUGAGAGCGUUGCCGACCAGGGAGACUCUCUUGUGCAAAUUGCGCCUGACGGAAGCGCGACCAUCCAAGACCCUUCUUCGCCAAACAGCACAAACGUGUUUGGGGUGAUCUUUAUGAAAAGCGAGCAGCAUUCCUGA